AUCCGUGGUGUAUACGUGCUAAUAAGUAGGAGUGUUAUUUUGCCAUGGUUAUUCGACUAGCGAUUGUAGGCGAAAGUCUGUGGAACACGAUAACCACUGCUGCGAAUAUCGUACGGCAUUUGUUAAUAUUUGUAGUAGGUUCGUACCAAUCUUUCUUGUAAGAAUUUUCAUUUGUGGAAUUGUAGAAGUAGGAAAACAGUUGUAGCAGGUGGGACUGGAACAUCUAAUUAAAUACGAAAUAGGGACGUAAACAUAUAGUAUAGAUUUUACAAAAUAAAUUAGGCCAGUUAACGUACAUACCUAAACAGCAAAGAUGGCUGCAAAUUUGGAUGAAGAGCAGAGCUUGCGUGAAUGCGAAGCGUAUGUUCAGAGACAUAAUAUUCAACAAGUUUUGAAAGAUUGUAUCGUGCAGCUGUGUGUGAGCAGACCUGAAAAUCCCAUUUCAUUUCUGAGGGAGUACUUCCAGAAAUUGGAAAGGGAGCAGGCCCAUGAUGCAAAGCAGCAGGCAGUGUCGCCAGAGGAUACAGAAGAUCUGUCUCCUCUACCAUCAGCAGUACAGCAGCCUGCAAGAAGGCGAGGUGGGAUAUCCACCAGCUACGUGAAAAAGGUUGUUCCAAAAGACUACAAAACAAUGGCUGCCUUAUCCAAAGCCAUUGCCAAGAAUGUCCUCUUCUCACAUUUGGAUGAGAAUGAGCGCUCUGAUAUAUUUGAUGCAAUGUUUCCUGUCAACUUCUUGCCUGGUGAGACAAUAAUCCAACAAGGAGAUGAAGGUGAUAACUUCUAUGUGAUUGACCAAGGAGAAGUUGAGGUAUUUGUAAACAAUGAGUUGGUGACAACAAUUGGAGAGGGUGGCAGUUUUGGUGAACUGGCACUAAUUUAUGGAACACCCAGAGCAGCCACUGUAAGAGCCAAGACAGAUGUGAAGCUCUGGGGAAUAGACCGUGAUUCAUACAGACGCAUCCUUAUGGGCUCGACCAUUCGAAAGCGCAAGAUGUAUGAAGAAUUCCUGUCUCGUGUGUCUAUACUUGAGAGUCUCGAUAAGUGGGAACGUCUGACAGUGGCUGAUGCAUUGGAACCAGUGUCAUUUGAGGAUCGGGAGACCAUUGUGCGGCAAGGAGAACCUGGUGAUGACUUUUACAUCAUUGUGGAGGGCACUGCAUUGGUGUUGCAAUAUAGAGCAGAAGGGGAAGAGCCCAUGGAAGUUGGUCGACUCGGGCCAUCUGAUUAUUUUGGUGAAAUUGCCCUGCUGCUAGACAGACCACGGGCAGCUACAGUGGUAGCCAAGGGACCACUCAAAUGUGUCAAAUUGGAUAGAGCAAGGUUUGAACGUGUGCUGGGACUGUGUGCAGACAUCCUUAAGAGAAAUAUCACACAAUACAACAGUUUUGUGUCUCUGUCUGUGUAACGAGGGCCAGAUACAUCUAUUACUAUGUAAUGUAGCUCUUUUAGCUUGUAACAUCUUGUGGCUAUAUGCCCCAGAGCAGGUGAAACAUUCUUUCUUUCUUUCUUUCUUUCUUUAUGCAGAACACAGCAGAUGUAUGAAUGCAUUAACAAAGUCAGCAGUUGCAAAUAUAUGGUUCUUCUUGCACACCCUCAUACUGUCACAUUAAAUUGGUUUGGCAUAAGAUAAAGAGGAGAUAUAAGAAAUUUAGAACCUUUUUAGGAGCCUUGAGGUCUGCAUGCAAUAAAACUGAUACAUUGUUGUACAGUUCUAUGGUAGCCAAGUGAUGUGAUGGCUUAUGGCUGACAUUAGCCCUUGGUAGGGUGUGCAACCAACUAUAAGUAUGGGCUGGGCAGGAUCAGGAUGACUGUCUCAAAUUUGUAUACUGUCACUCCAUUCCACCUGCAAUAGGAUGUCAGUUCCCUGCAGAACGCACUAGCCUCAGGCAGUGUCUAUGAUUCUUCAUUAAGUUUGUUCUAGGUGUAAGACAAUUCAUUUGUACAGAUGACAAAAAUGGGUAUGAUGUCAUCAGAUCCUGUCUUCAGGGAGUGAUAUACAAUUGAUCCAUGAUGAAUCCAUUGCAGUGGUGAUAAUAUUCAAUCUGUCUACCAUAUAGAAGUCAUGAAAUACCAACAAGCAACACCACCAGUUUUGUUGUACAUCAUGAUUUCCAGUGGUGUGAUGUAUGUGUCUGUGCCCCAGUUUCAGGUGCAAAAUGCCAAGGGAGUUAGGUGCAGAAUUCUUAUGCUCCAGAUUGGAGUAGAAGGUAUAUGAAUCUGUUGUUGUUUAUCCGUUGAAUCCAGUAUGCUUCACUGGUCUCACAGUCCAUCGCGCAUAUUGUCAGUGAAAGGGAAAAAAUGUACAGUAUAUAUUGAAAUUGAUAUUUAGCUCCUUUGUGUACAUCAACAAUUUUCACUUUUGUUGACCUUAAUUCUCUGGAUAUUCUCAUAAAUCUAAAAAGUCAGUCUUAAGAAAUGUUGAACUACAUUUAACUUUAAAUGACAAGAAGUUCUUCAUUCUUUCCUUGCCUGUGGACCUCUUAUGUCCAGAGUGUAUUGACUGCCAAGUUUCUUGUACUAAUUUGAAAACUGCACCGACUGAAAGUUUGUUUCUGGCUUGGUGAUUAUUUCCUUGCUUCAUAUGGAGUCAGUAAGUGAUUGAGAAGGACAACAUUGAGUAGUUUCAAUUAUUCCCACUAAUUCUGAUCAAUUUAUUAAGUUUAAAUAUCUGAGUAUCUGUUUUUGAAUUUAGGAUGGUAUAAACUAUGGACAGCUUUGGCUCAAGGAAGAGGUAGGAUCAUGCUUCCAGUCUGGAUUAACAGUAACAUCCAACAUAAACCAGCAUGUAAUUGGUCUAUGCAUAAAGUAAUCACUCUUACUGCCUAGCCUCCUGCUGCAGUCUGUGCAGGAAUUGCCAGGCAAUUUUGAAAUUCAGUUUGCCUAUGGUACAAGAUAGAAAGUUUGGAAGGUAAAUUUUUUUGCAUUACUUUGCUAUUUUCACAAUGUCAGGAUCAAAUUUUGGCAGGCCUGGCACAAACCAGGUGACUUGUUUGUUCAAUUCAUUGGCAGGGAAACAGUCAAUUGUGUGUGUGUGGCCAUUGAAAGAAGGGGAAAAUGCUGAGAUACAUUUGUUGUUUCUGCAGAAACAGAUAAGAAUGGAUCUAGUACCAUCAGUUUAUUGUAUAGAAAGAAAAGUGCAGAGACAAUAUUGGGUUUGGUGGAUGCUGUGUUUAGUACCUGGUAAUUUUCUAAACCUAUAAUUCAAAUGACACCUGCCAAAGUUUUUUAAAGAUCUGUUUUUCAUCAUCAAGAAUUUUAAAUGGAGGAGUGGGCAAUUUUGGAUAAAAGGUGAAGGAAACAUGACUGCAUAGAGCUUGAAUUUAUUUUGGAAGAGAAAAUAUGCAUUUUGAAAGGUUGUAUGAACUUCCCAGUAGGUGAUCUUGCAAAUAGGUCUACACCUCCUGUAUUGGAUUGUAUUUAUUCAAAUUUGAAUUCACACUUCUAUAAAGGCAGAUGGAUAGAGUGAAUUAACCCAUUUGAUCCCUGACUUCAAAGGCUGUACAUAUUCAAAAAGUGUUAUUGACUUUUGUAUUUAUAUUUCCCACCACACCCAGUAUAAUCUAUUUGCCUCUGCCCACUACCAGGUGGCAUUUGCCCAUAGCAUUAUAAAGCAGACACAAAUGUUCAUAACUGAUCUGGCCAAUGCUGCCACUUUAUUAUUCAUUAUAUUUAUACAGUGCUAUGUUAUUCACUCUUUGUGCUCUGUAAUGGUUUAGGUAACUGAUACUGUAAUUAAAAAAAUAAGAAACAUUAGUUUGAGUCCCACAACAUGAAUUUCUUAUACAAAAGUCUUGGCAACAAACAGGCAGUUCAAGUUUAUUUCAUCUGUUGAUCUUUUAAUAUUCAGAAUUAUACAUGCCUACAUGUAGAUAUAUUUUUCACAACUAUGUAUUGGUUUAUGAUGCCUGUAUAAACAUUACAGUUUGGCUUGACUCUUUAGCCAUUGUUUUAUUUUAUUUCCUUUUCUUUUUGUAUAAAACACUGCCAUUUUAACCUCCUAAUUUAAAAUGUAGCUUCAGGUAUACAUGUUAUGUUAAUGACAUGUAUGUAUACUGUUUUAUGAGCAGUUCUCAUUGUUUAACUUGAGUAAGUCUGAGCACUAACCACUCUGUCCAUCAGUGCCCAUCUGCAUUGCCUACUUGAAAAAUGCCAUAACCAACUUUUCAUAAUAUCAGAAUUCAAAUUAUAUAGUAGUAUUAAUUUGUUAACAAGGUCAUUGAUACUUAUAGUAACAAAGUUGGUUAAUCAGUUAAUCAUUUGCAUAAUUAAUUAAUUAAUUGUAAGUGGUUAAUUAUUUGAGCAUUUUUAUUAUUAGAAGGCUGUAGUAAUUGUAUCAUGUUAAGAAUGGGGCUGAUGAUAGGUUGUCACUGGGGGAAUUUGCAUAUGUAUGAGCAGUAGAAAGUCAUUCUGUUUUCUGCUAGUAAUGGUAAAGAUGUCUAGCAUGAUGUGCACAGGUCUGAAAGUACUGAGAAGACAUAAUAGUGAUGUUGAAUGUGUUUAAACUUUAUCUAGUUCUUCAGAUAAUAAAUCCAGCAAGUGCUGAAUUAAAAGUACAGAUUCCAUUUCCAGUAUAUAUGUAUAUGUGCCUCUGGAAAUGAGAAAUGAACACUGAUAGCAGUGUUAAAAGCUAAAUGAAAUUUGUAUUCAUGUUGAAUUAAAGAAGAGGGGAAAGUACGUUGUUAAUCUAGGAAUAACCAAAUUCUGAUUCUUGUAAUACAAGAAACAGUUUACUUAAUGAACACAUUCGUCCUGUUUUUGUUACAUCAUUAAUAUUUUAAGUGGAACUCAAUUUAGUUGAUUGCAGUGUGGAUAAUUGUGCUGAGGUAGUACCUUAACAUUUUGAAGAGUUAGUGAAUAUUGAAGCAUGUGAUACAUAUACGUACCACUGUGCUUUUUUUAUAGGGUUAAAAUAUAAAACAGACCUUGGACCAUUACUACAGAUAUGGUUCAGUUCACUUUUAUCCAAUUUGAUAGCAUAUGACCUUUGCAGUUUGAAAUUUCAUUAAAUAAACUAAGAAUCAGUAAGGUAGAGUUUUACCACUUCCAAAAUGAGGUAUAGGUUAGUGGGGAAUUAACAUGUGCCAACUUGAGUACAAUUUGGUUGGUAUCACCACCAACAGUUGAAGAGUUAGUAUUUGUUGUAUAUGUUAACACUUUCUCAGGGAUAAAUAUCAGGACACUGGCUGCAUUCAUAAAAACAUUUAUCCUAGAUACAUUCAGCUGUUUUAUAGUCAGGUGUGGAUGAUCCCACAAAGGACCUGUUACUGAAUGUGCAAAAAUGUAUUACUUAUUCAGAAUAUGAAAGAAAAAUCCAAAAUGCAGGACAGUAGAAUUUGAUUACUUAACUUUGGUAGAUAUAUCAUGAACUGAGAGCUGAAAUGACUUGUUGGCCCCCUAGUGACACUGUCAUAGAAAGUAUAUAUUGUCCAGAUGUUGAUGCAAUUCAAUACAGCACUAACAAGAAAACUCAUUUGAUCUAAUGUGUAUUUUAUUUUGAAAGUAUAAGCAGCUAAACAAAUAAAGCAAGUUUGUAUAUAUGAAAAUCCAAUUGAACAUAAAA